AACCUCAAAGUUUCAAAACAAUAUUCAAUAUUUAGUGUUCUAAACAUAGUAAAUAAAUUACUAUUUCUAUAUUUUUUACUAUUCUUAUAUUUUUAAUAUGUGUAAUUAGUUUAUAAUAGUCAUAAUGGAAGUUGAGGGUCAUCCUGGACUUAUAAAAACAAUAAACGAUGGCGAAGAAGUUGAAGAUUUUUCAGACGACUCUGACGAAGAAAUUGAGUAUCAACCAUCAAAACAAAAAGUGAAGAAAAAAGCUGAUUUCAAUCCAAGCUUCCAGUUUGCAGGCUCUGUGGAGGAGUACAACAAGAACACUUGGGAUGAUCUACAAAAAUAUGUACGUAGAAAUGUGAAACAUACAUUAGAUGAGAAGAUAGAGAAGAGACGAGCACAGGUCAAGAUUAACGGGAACGCUGUAGACGUUGACACCGAUUCAGAUGUCGACCAAAAAGGUGAGGAUGUUGAUGAACUCCAAAUAUCUGAUGAUGAACUCAAGAGGGACGAAAUUAAAACAAAGGAGAAGAAACUCACUAAAAAACAGAAAUUGAAACAGGAAAUGAAAGAACUAGAUAUAGAGCAAGGCACUCGUAUCGAAUAUGAUUCGGAUUUCUUCGAGGAGCCCCCGCCGUACGACGAACAAGCUUCCUUCCAGAUGAUGAAUCUCUCGCGCCCUCUACUCAAGGCCAUAUCCACGCUGAAUUACGUCCACCCCACACCUAUCCAAGCGGCUACAAUACCUAUCGCUUUACUUGGGAAAGAUGUAUGCGCCUGCGCAGCCACCGGCACGGGAAAGACGGCAGCGUAUAUGCUGCCCAUACUGGAGCGAUUGCUGUUCCGCGCCAGAGGAGACCGCAUCACCAGGGUACUGGUUCUCGUACCUACCAGAGAGCUCGGCGCACAGGUGCAUGGUGUAACUAGACAGUUGACUCAGUUCACAACGGUCACAGUGGGACUUUCAGUCGGCGGUCUCGACGUCAAAUAUCAGGAAAGCGUGUUGCGGCGGAAUCCUGAUGUUGUGAUUGCUACCCCCGGCCGUCUUAUCGACCACAUACGGAACACGCCGUCGUUCAGCCUCCACUCUAUCGAGGUAUUGGUGCUGGAUGAGGCUGACAGAAUGCUCGACGAGUACUUCGCAGAACAGAUGAAGGAGAUCAUCAAACAGUGUUCUCCAAAGCGGCAGACCAUGCUGUUCUCUGCCACCAUGAGCGAGGAGGUCAAAGACUUGGCCGCUGUGUCCUUGAAUAAACCCGUCAAGCUGUUUGUUGACUCCAAUAAGGAUGUAGCUUUCAAUCUAAGGCAGGAGUUUGUCAGGAUUCGAAGGGAGCGCGAGAGUGAACGUGAGGCCAUACUGGCGGCGCUAGUGUGCCGGACGUUCAGAGAUCGCGCGGUGAUCUUCGUACAGACAAAGAAGCAAGCACACAGGUUGCACGUGGCCCUAGGGCUGCUCGGAGUUAAGGUGGCUGAACUACACGGUGCAUUGACGCAGCCCCAACGGUUGGAUUCCCUCAGGAGGUUCAAGGACGAGCUGGCAGAAGUACUGGUGGCGACCGACGUGGCCGCUCGAGGGCUGGACAUACCAGGUGUGAAGACCGUCCUGAACUUUACUUUACCAGCUACCAUCGAACACUAUAUACAUAGGGUAGGCAGAACAGCGCGAGCUGGUCGUGCCGGCGUCUCAGUGUCGCUAGCAGGCGAAGGUGAGAGGAAUUUAGUCAAGGCGAUCGUGAAACGAGCCAAGCGGCCGGUCAAGUCGCGCCAAGUUCCGCCGGAAAUCAUCGCCAAGUAUAAAGACAGGCUCGCAAGACUUGAACCUGAGAUUGCUGCCAUACUUGAUGAAGAAUAUGCAGAUAAGCAGCUGAAGAAAAUGGAGAAACAAACCGCUAAGUUGGAGGGAAAUUUAAAGAAGGAGGAUGGUCAAGACGGUCCCAAGUACGAGACGAAGAGGCAACACGAGUGGUUCCAGACCAAUAAAGAGAAGAGAGAAGAGAAGGGGCGGCUGGCUCUAACCCAGCACAAAGGAAAAGAUAUGAAUCAAAAAGGGAAAGGCAAGAAACGCAAACGAGACGAGGACGACGACUCGGAUGAAGGUGGUGACGGUAAGAAGCGGAAGAGGCAAAGCAAACACAAACCGAAGGACACGCCCGAGGAACGAGUCAAUAGGGAGAUGGAAAAGGUGGCCCUUCUGCAAUCACGCAUGGCGAAACGGAAAAAGAAACAACGUCGCAUCCGCACGAUUGAUGAUGAUGAUGACCGGCCACAGGUUCAACAGAAGAAAUCAUUCAAACAAAAGAAAAAACAGAGCAACUUCGCUAAUGACCUUACAGAUACCUCUCAAAAAGCUGCCAAGAGACUUCGUUAUGAUGCGAAUAGAGUUCAAAAAGGAAAGGGGCUGCCUCAAAAAGGGAAGGGACCGGCCCCAAAGGGGAAAGGAAUGGCCCAAAAGGGGAAGGGAACACCCCAAAAAGGAAAGGGAGCGCCUAACAAAGGCAAAGGUUUUUCGAAAGGCAAGAAUAAGACGUUUGGUAAACCACAAGCGCCGAAACAGGGACGUAGAUAAAAUAAAUCAAUUGGCUGCAAACAUGACCAAUUCGCAUACGAAUCAAAACACUAG